GCACACACGCCGUUUAUGUGUGUGUGCAGCAAAUCCAAGCUCUGCUGGCUCCCCCCCAAGACGGACGAGGCAGAAAAGCGGAGUCGGAAGCCUGAAAAAGAGCCCCGGAGAAGCGGCAGGGCCACCAACCACGACAGCUGCGAUAGCUGCAAAGAAGGUGGGGAUCUCCUGUGCUGUGACCACUGCCCGGCCGCCUUCCACCUCCAGUGCUGUAAUCCUCCACUGAGUGAAGAGAUGUUGCCUCCUGGGGAGUGGAUGUGUCACCGGUGCACUGUUCGCCGAAAGAAACGAGAGCAGAAAAAGGAGCUGGGCCACGUCAAUGGACUGGUGGACAAAUCCGGCAAACGGACUACAUCUCCCAGCAGUGAUACCGACUUGUUGGACAGAUCAGCCAGCAAAACUGAACUCAAGGCCAUUGCCCACGCCCGGAUCCUGGAGAGGAGAGCCAGCCGGCCUGGCACGCCCACAUCCAACGCCAGCACAGAGACCCCCACCUCUGAGCAGAAUGAUGUCGACGAGGACAUCAUUGACGUGGACGAGGAGCCAGUGGCAGCUGAGCCGGACUAUGUGCAGCCCCAGCUAAGGCGGCCCUUUGAGCUGCUGAUCGCUGCCGCCAUGGAGCGGAACCCCACCCAAUUUCAGUUGCCCAAUGAACUGACUUGUACCACUGCACUACCAGGUUCUAGCAAGAGGAGAAGAAAGGAGGAAACCACGGGAAAAAAUGUUAAGAAGACACAGCAUGAGUUAGAUCACAAUGGUCUUGUUCCCUUACCAGUCAAAGUAUGCUUCACAUGUAACAGGAGCUGCCGUGUGGCCCCUCUCAUCCAGUGUGACUAUUGCCCCCUCCUGUUCCACAUGGACUGCCUCGAGCCACCGCUCACUGCCAUGCCCCUGGGCAGAUGGAUGUGUCCGAAUCACAUCGAACAUGUGGUGCUGAACCAGAAGAAUAUGACGCUGAGCAAUCGGUGCCAGGUGUUUGACCGUUUCCAGGACACCAUUUCGCAGCAUGUGGUCAAAGUGGACUUCCUGAACCGAAUCCACAAGAAGCACCCUCCUAACCGCCGAGUGCUCCAGUCAGUCAAAAGAAGAAGCUUGAAGGUUCCCGAUGCUAUAAAAUCUCAGUACCAGUUUCCACCCCCUCUCAUUGCACCCGCGGCCAUUCGGGAUGGGGAGCUGAUCUGCAACGGGAUCCCCGAGGAAUCACAGACGCACCUUUUGAACUCUGAGCACUUAGCCACCCAGGCAGAGCAGCAAGAGUGGCUCUGUAGUGUUGUUGCGCUCCAGUGCAGCAUAUUGAAACAUUUAUCUGCUAAGCAGAUGCCUUCGCAUUGGGACUCUGAACAGACAGAGAAGGCUGAUAUUAAGCCUGUUAUUGUGACUGACAGCUCAAUCACCACCUCCCUGCAAACAGCUGACAAGGCACCUACACCUUCCCACUGCCCCUUAUCCUGCCCCUCGGGGAUUAGCUCCCAGAACUCCCUGAGCUGCUCUCCACCCCACCAGCCCCCAGCCCUAGAGGACAUCAGCUGCAGUUCCUGUGCGGAAAAAUCCAAGAAAGCCCCCUGCGGGACUGCCAACGGGCCAGUGAGCACAGAGGUGAAAGCCAAUGGCCCACACCUCUACAGCAACCCCACCGAUUCCACGGACCCCCGGCGACUUCCAGGCGCCAACACCCCCUUACCAGGCCUCUCCCACCGGCAAGGCUGGCCCCGGCCCCUCACGCCACCAGCGGCUGGGGGGCUUCAGAACCACACCGUCGGCAUCAUUGUGAAGACAGAGAAUGCCACUGGCCCCAGCUCUUGCCCCCAGAGGAGUUUGGUUCCUGUCCCAAGCCUGCCCCCUUCCAUUCCCAGCUCUUGUGCCAGCAUCGAGAACACCAGCACUUUGCAAAGAAAGACUGUCCAAUCACAGAUAGGACCUCCAUUGACAGAUUCAAGGCCACUGGGCUCACCCCCAAAUGCCACCCGGGUGCUCACUCCCCCCCAAGCAGCAGGAGAUGGUAUCUUGGCCACAGGAGCCAACCAACGAUUCUGCUCACCAGCGCCAUCAUCAGAUGGCAAGGUCAGCCCCGGCACGUUAUCCAUAGGAAGCGCUUUAACCGUACCCUCUUUCCCAGCCAACUCUACUGCCAUGGUGGACCUCACCAACUCAUUGCGAGCAUUUAUGGAUGUCAAUGGAGAAAUCGAGAUAAAUAUGCUGGACGAGAAGCUGAUCAAGUUUCUGGCCUUGCAGAGAAUACAUCAGCUUUUCCCCUCCCGGGUCCAAGCUUCACCGGGCAGUGUCGGGGCACAUCCGCUGGCUUCUGGAGGGCACCACACAGAAGGUGCGCACGCACACCCCUGCCGCCGCAGCCCACCGUCAGAUCUCCCCUGUGCAUUGCAAAGAAAGGAAGUACAGGCCCGAGCUGUGUUCUACCCUCUCUUGGGUUUGGGAGGAGCUGUGAACAUGUGCUAUCGAACCCUCUACAUCGGGACAGGAGCUGACAUGGACGUGUGCCUUACAAACUAUGGUCACUGUAACUACGUGUCUGGGAAACACGCCUGCAUAUUCUAUGAUGAGAAUACCAAACAUUAUGAGCUGUUAAACUACAGUGAGCACGGGACAACGGUGGACAAUGUGCUGUAUUCAUGUGACUUCUCUGAGAAGACCCCGCCAACCCCCCCAAGCAGUAUUGUUGCCAAAGUGCAGAGUGUCAUCAGGCGCCGCCGGCACCAGAAACAGGAUGAAGAGCCAAGUGAGGAGGCAGCCAUGAUGAGCUCCCAGGCCCAGGGGCCACAGCGGAGACCCUGCAACUGCAAAGCCAGCAGCUCGAGCUUGAUUGGGGGCAGUGGGGCCGGCUGGGAGGGCACGGCCUUACUGCACCACGGCAGCUACAUCAAGCUGGGGUGCCUGCAGUUUGUGUUCAGCAUCACUGAGUUUGCGACCAAACAGCCCAAAGGCGAUGCUGGCCUGCUGCAGGAUGGGGUCUUGGCCGAGAAGCUGUCUCUCAAGCCCCACCAGGGCCCCGUGCUGCGUUCCAACUCUGUUCCCUAGGACUGGCGGCUACCCCGUCGCCCGCCCGUCCGCCCGACCCGAGACUCCUGCAAUGCAAAAAUGUACACAAACCAAGCCCGGGUUUUUUCUAUACUCCACCGGAAACCCUCCAACUACAAUCUUUGCAUGAAAUGAAGAAAACCUUUUGACUGUUUUUUAAAGAUCCUUUUUCUUUUCUCAAGUUCUAGGGGGCAUUUGCACAUAUAUUUGUACUCGACAUUUCAUGGGAAAGCGGCAGACCCGAGCUGAGGAACAGCGUGGGCAGGGAGGGGAAGGCCGAUGGUCUGGACACCUCCUCCAACACCAAACCGUUCCCCACCCGCCUCCUGCUCCCUCCCCCUCGCCCGCCGUUGUAAAAUAAUCAGAAACUUGUUCUAUUUUGUGGCAGUGACAAUAGUUUUAUAUUAAAAGAAAAAAAUACAGUUUUCAUACAGCAAAAUCUAUACAAUAUCAUUGUUUUAUUUAAUAUAAAGAUCGCUACCCACCCGACUUCCGUGGUUCCCACCCUCCGAGUUAUUUUCCCUUUCUGCAGCGGUUGCACUACAGGUAGCUACUGUGUAUUAUGGACAAAUGAGAAAUGAAUUCUUUUUCUGGCUGUCCAUCUAUUUUAUUUCAAAUAAGGAAAAGUGUAUUUGGAUUUUGUGUAAAUACAUCUAGUGAUGACAUUUUUUCAAUGUUUUUAAAAACUGUACAGUACUACAUGUGGUAGAGCGUUUUCUUCAAAUUGUCUAUUGUAGCAAAGACGUUUUUGUCGUAAACCUGUUUCGUCUCCUUUUUUUGUUCUCUUGCCACUUCUCUCCUGUUCCUCCCACCCCUGGCUCCCUCCUCUCCCCUUCCCCCAACCCCAAGUAGUACCAAUGUACAUAGUAAUUGUAAUGUUUUAGACUUUACAGAAACUUUCCUGUAUUCUGUAUAUAAAAAAACAAAAAUACUUCAACUUA